CGAAUUCAGGGCAACGGGUUUUUGCUUUCAGCCUCCUCUCAUCCUAACAUCCGACCACCAAUCCUCUCUCUUCGAGGUUGGACUAUAAUCGAAAGAGGAUCAGCAAUUAUCAUGCAACGCCACACCUUUUCAGCGUUGAACUCGACCUUCGUGGUGGAUGCAGACUAUCAGUUUGUCAAGGAAUUAGGGCAAGGUGCUUAUGGAUGCGUCGUUGCUGCAAGACAUCGUCGUUCUGGUGAAGGAUGUGCCAUCAAGAAGAUCACAAACAUUAACACCAAGCGUAUUCUUACUAAACGUUGCUUGAGAGAGAUUCGCCUGCUUCACCAUUUCCGUGGACACAAGAACAUCACAUGCUUGUACGAUAUGGACAUCGUUUUGCAGCCGACUGGAAACUUUGACGAGGUCUACCUUUAUGAAGAACUUAUGGAGGCCGACCUCCAUGCGAUUAUUCGCUCAGGGCAACCUUUGACAGACGCGCACUUCCAAUCAUUCCUCUAUCAGACUCUGUGUGGUCUCAAGUACAUUCAUAGUGCCAACGUCUUGCAUCGUGACCUUAAGCCUGGCAAUCUUCUGGUCAAUGCCGACUGCGAGCUCAAAGUCUGCGACUUUGGUCUUGCCAGAGGCUACACUCCGGGCGGAGGCACGUCCAAGGCUGCUGGCAAUCAAGGCUUCAUGACAGAAUAUGUCGCGACACGUUGGUAUCGUGCCCCCGAAAUCAUGCUCAGCUUCGCCAAUUAUACCACUGCCAUCGACGUUUGGUCCGUUGGGUGCAUUCUUGCAGAACUUCUAGGCGGAAAGCCGAUUUUCAAAGGCCGAGACUACGUUGAUCAGCUCAAUCAAAUUCUUCAUUACCUCGGCACUCCCUCGGAAGAUACCCUUCGCCGGGUCGGUUCGCCGCGAGCUCAAGAUUACAUUCGCUCACUGCCAAUCAAGCCACGGGUCCCGUUUUCUACCCUCUACCCUCAUGCCAAUCCUUUGGCAAUCGAUCUGCUCUCCCAGAUGCUCUGCUUCGAUCCAGCUAAGCGUAUUAGUUGCGAACAGGCCCUUGCACACCCAUACCUCCAAGUUUGGCACGACCCUGCCGAUGAACCGGUUUGUGAAUCCAAAUUCGACUUUGCUUUCGAAGAGGAAGACAGCAUAGAAGGCAUGAAAAAACUCAUCGUCGAAGAAGUCAACUCUUUCCGUGCCGAAGUUCGCCAUCAAGCCCGGGCGGCUGGCCAGGUUCGGCGUCAAGAUAGUCUUCCUAUCCCAUCCCGCGACGAAAUCAUCAACUCGCCUGUCCAAGAAAACAGCUAUCCAACCUCAUCAUUCACUGAUCCCAGCGCGCCCCGUCCACCCAGUCCGACUAUGGACGACCCCAGCGAAGAACUCGAGAGGGAGCUUGCUGGAACGCAUCUUGCUCGGAAGUGA